CCAUUCACGACCUCCACGACCACCAUGAGCGUCCGCCAGAAAUCUCAGAAGGAGUCGCGUGCCGAUGCUCUGCAGCAGUACAAGGACUCGGAGGGACAUUUUUCCCUCGUCAGGUACACCCAGCUCAACCUCCGCAUGGGCUUUGCUCAUCCUCACUCAGGAACUUUCGUCUUGCGGACCUUGUGACCAUCAUGAAUGGUGUCUGCGGCUCCUUCUCCAUAUUCUCAUCGGCGCACUACCUAGUGAACAACGACAUCGAUUAUCUGUGGUCUGCAUUGGCCUUCCCUCUUGCUGGUCUCAUGUUCGACUUUUUCGAUGGCAAGGUUGCACGAUGGAGAAAAUCAAGUAGCAUGCUCGGUCAGGAGUUGGACAGUCUGGCUGACCUC